AUGACCAUGUUAGACAAAGCUACCGAGGACGUCCUCAUUCCUGCCAUCCACAUCCAUCUGACCAGUGCAAAAAACUGCUGCUCCAACCGCUGUGGGAUGUUCCUGUCUAUUGGCUUCGCAGCUCUUGGAGUGGUGGGGGCCUUGUACAGUUUGACUGUUGCUGGCGUUGGUCUUGCUAAUGGCCCCACAUGCUUCUGGAGAAAUGCUGAUUCUCCAAUGGGCAUGUGGGGAGCACCCUUUGCCAACAGUACUGGCAGCUACCUGGGCGACAAAGAGAUGUGGAAAUGGUGUGAAAUUCCAGAGAAUGUAGUGGAGUUCAACGUGGCGCUCUUCUCCACUCUGCUGGUGGCGGCCUGCGUACAGGUCGUGCUCUGCAUGAUCCAGAUGGUUAACGGACUGUUUGGCUGUCUCUGUGGCACCUGCUCCAGCAAGGAGGGCUCUUGUUGGUCCUUUUUGGGCUGGACAAAGAUCUGCUUUGUGACAGAGACAAAGCAGGUGUUCAGAACUGAGCUGGAGAAUGGAAACGGCCUGAGGAGACAAGUCUACCAGACUUCUGCUGAUGAGCCGUCUGUUCAGGCAGCGUUGCUGACCUGGUCCCACACCGGUCAACCUGCAGGAACUGACUUUACAGACCUGUCCCGAGACCCACCUGAUUUACAGAAAGAAUCUCAAACGUAG